AGAUGAGCCAGAGGACAAGAGCUAAGGCUGAAGCUGAGGCUCAGGAACUGAUGGCCAGUUUCUUCGAGGAUCUUGAAGCAAAUGACAAACAACUGAGAGAACAGAUCCGCACUAAGGCCGUUAGGGUACUGAUGGGGAUUUUCAUCUACGACCCUGAGACCAAUGACCCCUCAAUCAAGGUCCUGAAAGAGGUGGAUGCUGGAGCAGAGGAAGAGGAAGAAGCCAUCAGUCAGGUCUUGGAUGAGGAAGAGGGAACAAUCGACCUGCCACUGGAAGCUGAAGCUGAUGCCGAGGUUGAAGCUGAGGUAGAUGCUGAUGAAAAAAGAAAGCCAGAAGACGCUGAAAUACAGAACAGCACAUCUCUGGAAGAAGACGAGGCUCAAGCUGUUGCUGAAGCUGCUGUUGAAGAUAAAUUUGAAGCUGAUGCUGAUGCUGAAGCUGACUCUAAAGCUGAGGUUGAAGCUGACGCUGAGUUUGAGGCUGAGACUGAAGCUAAGUUUGAGGCUGGGGCUGAAGCUGUUGCUGAUGCUGAAAUUGACGUUAAAGCUGACGCUGAAGCUGAGUUUGAGGCUGAGGCUGAAGCUGAGGCUGAGGCUGAGGCUGAAGCUGCGGUUGAAGCUAAUCCUGAGGAUGAAGCUGAGUUUGAAGCAGACCAAGAUGAAGCUGAACCUGAAGCUGUAGUUGAGGCUGAAGCUAACGCUGAACCUGAAGCUGAACCUGAAGCUGUAGUGGAGGCUGAAGCUGACGCUGAACCUGAAGCUGAGGUUGAAGCUGAAGCUGAAGCUGAACCUGAACCUGAAGCUGUAGUGGAGGCUGAAGCUGACGUUGAACCUAAAGCUGAACCUGAACCUGAAGCUGCAGCUGCUGCUGAAGAAAGAAAGCCGGAAGACAGUGAAACAGAGAACAGCACAUCUCUGGUAAACACCAACGAGACGGACGAGCCUGCUGAAAGCACCAGGAAAGGAGACGAGAAAAAGAAAAGGACCAGGAGAGGAACACGAGGCAGAGGCAGAAAGAUCAAUUACAGAAAGUUCCAGGACAACAAAGCAGAAACAGAGAAGCUGAAAGAGGUGGAUGAUGGAGCAGAGGCUGAAGCCAUCAGUGAACUGAUGAACGUCCUCCUGGAUGAGACGGAGGAAUCCAAUGGCCAGUCUCUGGCAGGAGAAAGUGGGGAGAUCGUGAUGAGUGCCGACGCUGAAGCUGAGGCUGAAGCCUUUAAUGAUUUCCUGACCGUCCUCCUGGAGGAGAUAAGCGACGAGAUCAACCUGCCUCUGGGGAUGCUGAAAGAGGUGGAUGAUGGGGCGGAGGCUGAAGUCAUCAACCAGCUCCUGAACGUCCUCCUGGAUCAGUCAGGGGAAAUGAUCGACCUGCCUCUGGGUAAGUAA